UUAGCGGCUCCUGCUGAUCUUUUGGUUACUCUCGAUGCGAUUUGUGCACAUUGUAGGGGAUUCUUGAACAAAUUCGCCCCCUUUUAAGUUUUAUCCCCUUUCUUUUUCAGUUCCGACCUCGCUUUUGGUGUCUGUUGUCAUAGCUGCCCCGCAAUUUGGAGUGGACCGCCCUCUUGACUGUAUCACCCUAUUAUGGUUUAUGGGCUCUGAAAAGAACAGAUAGACAAACACAUCCGAGAAUUGGCUCCAUCGCAGGGUUCUGAUUUGUAGCAUAGGGAGCAUGGCUGAUGGGGGUGUUGUGGUAGCCAUUUGCCAGUACGGUGGAGAAUUCACUUCUGGGCCCAAUGGUAAUCUGAUAUACAAAGGAGGAGAAGCGCAUGCUGUUGAUGUCACUCGUGAUUUCUCCCUGGAGAGCUUCAAGGAUGAGGUGUCCAAGGUGUUCCAUGUUGAUGUCACUGACAUGUCGCUCAAGUAUUUUCUUCCGAAUAAUAACAAGACACUUAUCACAAUAUCAUGUGAUCGGGAUAUGCAAAGGAUGGUUGAUUUUACUAUCAGAGCCGCACAAGUGGAUGUUUUUCUGAUAAGUAGAGAAGAGAACAGGAGUAUUGUAACGCAUUCUGGAGCUACACCUGGCUCUAUUGCAAGUGGCGACAAAAGGAAAAGGGCCAUCUCCAAAAAUAAGGUAACCAAAAGUAACAAGAAGACUACCAAAGCUCCUGGCAAUGCUGUUCUAGCUAGCACCAAUAAUGUGGGACAACCAAUUUCAGUUGUUACUGAAAAUGAAGACAACAGGGUUUUUCAGUUGGAAUUUGGGAAUGACAUGGCAAUUACCACAACCACAAGAGCUGGAGAUGCUUUCUUCACAACAGACUUUCUGGAUCAGCAAAAUAUUGCUCUUGUUGAUGAUAUCCCUAGGGAAACAGUUAGUAUGUUUGAUGAUGCAAUCAAUCCGUAUGUUGGUUCUGAGAUCAUGGAAGAGCCUCCCGAGGGACUUAACAAUCCUAUUGUGUUGUGGGAUGACAUUAUCAAAGAAGUUGGUCAAGAAUUUGAUAAUGUGAAGGACUUCCGUGCUCAGUUGUGCAAAUAUGCCAUUGUGAAAGGAUUCGUAUACCGAUUCAUAAAAAAUGAAACCACUCGCGUCACCGUAAAAUGUGCAGCAGAGGGGGGUUGCACCUGGAGGUUGCAUGCAUCCGAAUCAUCUCGUAACAAGAAAUUUGUUAUCAAGAAAAUGACAGAUGAACAUACUUGUGGAGGAGGAAGUGGAGGCGGUCAGCGUCGAGCAACAAGGCAGUGGCUGACUACUAUCAUUAAGGAGAAGUUGCAUCAGAACCCAAUGUUUAAGCCAAAGGACCUUGUAAAGGAAUUAUAUGAAGAAUACGGAGUUACACUAACAUAUUCACAGGUUUGGCGAGGUAAAGAAGUAGCGCAGAAAGAGCUGUAUCAUGCUAUCAGGGAAACUCACAGUCAUUUACCCUUGUAUUGUCAGAGACUUGAAGAGACCAACCCAGGGAGUAUAAGUGUUUUGUCUCCAGUGGUGGAUACCAAAUUCCGUCGCUUUUUCAUUGCACUCCAUGCUUGUUUGCAUGGCUUUGUAAAUGGCUGCAGACCUUUGUUAUUUCUGGACAAGGUUCCACUGAAAGCGACAAACGAGUUCAAGUUGCUUGUGGCUGCUGCAGUUGAUGCAGAUGAUGGUGUAUUUCCAGUGGCAUUUAAUGUGGUUGAAGAUGAAAAUUAUGAUAGCUGGGGUUGGUUCUUAAUGCAGCUGAAAAUGGCUCUCGAAAUUCACAACUACCCUUGCCAUGACAUAACAUUCUUGUCCAGUGGACAAAAGGGUCUGGAUGCUGCUGUCUCUCAAGUGUUUGAGGAUAGCCAACAUGCCUUCUGUUUGCAUCAUAUCAUGGAGGAAUUCAAAGGAGAGCUGAGGAAAGGACCAUGGUCACAACAAAUUAGGGAGGGGAUGGUGGAGGAUUUUACUCGUGCAGCCCAAGCAUGCGACAUCAAGGAUUUUAAUGUGUCCAUUGAAAGCAUAAGGAAUAUAUCCAGUGAAGCUGCUGACUGGAUCAUUGCAAGGAAGCCAGAGCAUUGGUCGGAUGCCUUCUUCAAAGGCUGUCGUUAUGAUCAUUUCUCCCUGAAUGUUGUUGAUACCUUCAAUAACUGGAUACCAAGCAACAAGGAGAGUUCCAUAGUGCUGAUGAUAGAUUCAUUAAGAAUGAAAAUUAAGGAAGUGAUAGAAUCAAGGCGUGAAGCUUGCAAUGCGUGGGAAGGGCCUUUAACACCCACGAUGGAAUACAAAGUCCAGGAUGAGAUGUUGAAGGCUUUUAAGAUGAAUGUGCUGUGCUCCUCCAAGACUGUUUUUGAAGUGAGGGGCAAUGGAAUUUUUGUGGUUAAUCUUGCAGUUCGUGAGUGCACGUGCAAGAGGUGGCAACUCUCUGGCCUCCCCUGCAUGCAUGCCGUAGCUGUGUUCAACAGGCUUGGGCGCUCUUUCUAUGACUUCUGCUCAAAUUUCUUUAGAAUAGACUACUACCGGCUGACGUACUCGGGUACAAUCUUCCCAAUACCUGACAUGGAUGGCUUCGAUUUUAGUGCCAGGGCGAAUGAAAUCCCGCCUCCCAAGCAACGUACAUCAGACAAACCAAGAAGGAAACGGUCUAACCCCAACAAGACAAGCACUCUUAUACGACUCUGCAGCAGGUGCAAGCAAACAGGCCACAACAAGGCAACCUGUGAAGUUGAGUUUGUAGACAGAAGCAACCUCUUGAUGUCCACUCUCUAGCGUGUACAGCUCGUCAGCAGUGUCAAAGGUCAAAAGCUUCACAGCUGCGGAGAACAUGGUGGUUUGUUUCUCUCAUGGAUGAAUUGUGUGUGACCAAGCAAAGCCUCCUCAGUGCUCUGAUUGUUGCUGGGAGUUGUAGUUUCUUCGUUGGAAGGAGAGAAAAAUUUUCAUUCAUAGGAUGAUGUUGCUGAAAUAGCAUAGAGAUGGUUCUUAGCAGUUGAGAAUUGUAGGCAGUCCGUAGUUUCAUUAUAAUUUUGCCUGCCCGUGCGAGGGUUAGUUUUAGUUGUAACAUGUAGUAAUCGUCUGAAUCUUUUUUAGUAGAUAGAAAAGUAAAGGUGAUCCCUAUUAUAUUGCUCUGUUGACAGUGCUAAUUUUCGGCAACAUGAUAUUCUAAAGUUGAGGUGAUCCCUAUUUGUUGUGGUAUCCAAGUCCAGACUUGAAGCACUGAAGACCAGAAGAAAGAAAUCAACAAUUUGGUACGGUAUUUCCAUCCAAAACCCGGUACAGAGGCUGGAACCUCUUUUUUUGUUCUUCCAUUUUCCAAAGACAAUCCAUCCAAAGACGGUAAAUACACAUUAGGCAGGUAAAGCAAACCAGUUUUAUAUAUUCAUCACUCUGGACCGAUCAUUACAGAGACACAUGCAGAGAUGCAUCAUGCCUGCAUGGUUUAUUUGCAAU